AUAAGGAAAAUCUGCAAAGUUGAAGCGUAAGGGUUACACAACGGAGAGUCAGAGAUCAACUAAGGAUGAGUUCAAGCGGCGAAGAAGAAGAAGUUGGCCCUUCUGUGGAUUCCAAUGACCCAGAAGAAAGAAUCGCGGCUCGUCGUAUUAGAAUAGCGCGACGAAUAGAAGCUCAAAGACGUGCUGCUAUGGGUGUCAACCCUGAUGAUCAGAAAGAGGUGAAGGAAGAGACAAGUAAGAGCGGGAAACAAAUGGAAGACAGUCGACUGAGGUUGACCAAGCUUAGAGAUGAUGGAAUGGAGCUGGUCACAAACAUCAGGGUCGCUGGAGAUGCUCGGGAACAGAUCCGCAGAGGUGAAGAAGAGGAGUCAAAACGCCAGAGAAAGGAAAAACUAGAACAAGAAGCCAAAACCGGGAGUGAAAGGUUUGAAGAGAUCACAAAGAAAUGGGAAUCUGCCUUGCAGAAAGAUAUUCCUCAACAUUUACAUGAGAUGCUUCGACAACAGAAGAGUUCAUGUGAUGCAAUGAUUGACGAAAAGAACAAACUAAUAUCUGACUUUCAAACAGAACUAAAAGCAAAGGAUGACCAGUAUGUUAAGGAUCUGAAGAAACAGGCUGAGGACGUGGACUUGAUGAUAGAGAGGAUGGAAGAGCAGAUCAAGAACCUGAGUAAAGCCUACCGAGAAGAGCUGAACCAGUGUGAGAAAGCGUUUGUGACAGAAAGGAGCGAGUUGCUGGAGAUGCACAGGAAAAAGUGGGAGGAGAGGAUGGUGUUAAGGCGUGAGAAGGAGGUGGAGUUUCUGAAGACACGCGAGAAACGCGUGGAAGAGUACGAGAACCAGCUGCAGCUGCUGCGCAUCCAAGACUCUGAGGAGUACAACAUGGUGAAGAUACGACUGGAAACUGAUGUACAGAUCUUAGAGCAGCAGUUACAACAGAUGAGAGCAACGUAUCAGCUGAACCAGGAGAAGCUGGAGUACAAUUUCCAGGUGCUCAAGAAAAGAGAUGAUGAAAACACAAUCACAAAAUCCCAGCAAAAAAGAAAGAUUACAAGGUUACAAGAUGUCCUAAAUGGCUUAAAAAUAAGGCUUGCCAAGCAGGAGAAACAGUACAGGGAUGAGAACCAAAGCCUUACGGAGGAUUACAAGAGAAUCCGCAAACAGUUUGAGGAACUGCAGAAAAAGUCAAAACAUUUCAUGGCUGCCGACGCUAAGAAAUUCCAUGACAUAUGGUGUAUGAAUGAAGAGGAGCUGAAGGAGCUGGGACACGGGGUGAUUGAGGCUGAUAGGGUGAUCCAUGAACAGCAGCUGGGGUUGAACUACCAAACCCCUGACAUUAAAUUCAUGGAGAACGAGGGCCCACUGAACCGUGAUGCAAGUCUGGAGAAGGGUGUGUCUGCUUCACAGGUGCUUCAGGAGGUGUUAUCACAGUCAGGUACAGGUGGGAGCCAGGUAGGCGUGACUGGUGACCGUGGCGAUGCGGAAUCUGAAGGUUACCCUGAGAGUGAGGGGAUGGAGCAGCAGAAAAGUACAAUCAUGUCCAAGAUUUCAGCUUCUACCAUCAAGAUGAUCCUGGAGUUGCUCUGUGAUGAGUCGGGCUUCUUGGUGGAGACAAAGCUGAAGACUCUGCUGGCCCCGCUGGAGCAAGACGAGAGAUCGCUGAUGAAAGUGGAUGCCAUAUUCAGUGCUUUAGGAGUGGACACAGAAGAAGAUGUUCACAAACUGUCAACAUACUUCAUGAAAGUCAGACAGAGGGAGGAUGAAGAAAAGAAAGAUGAGGGUGACGAGAAGACUUUGGCACAGAGUCCUGAUGCUACAGAGGUUGAGGAUGCGGACGCUGAGAUCCUGAGGCUGACGGGCCGUGAGGGGGAGGCUAAGACAGAGUCCACAGUGGGGGGAAGUCCAGAGGACAUCAGCCUUAUCCACCCCAACGAGGUCAUCAAAGCCCUUCGCAUGUUUGUGGAGGACAACAGAAAACCUAUCAGAGAGAAAGGUCACAAGUCUCAAUUUAAAAUCACGGCCCUGGAGGCACGGGAUAGUUCUGGAGACUCCCAGUACUGGGCUUCGUACGCGCAGCUGCUUAACAAGAGGAAGGAACAGGUGUGGAACGCACUGUUGGAGGCCUUUGAGAAAUACAGUGAGAUCCUCUCCAGCCGCUCCACCCUAAUCACAGAGACAGAUGCUCUCCGUCAACAGAACGCUGAGCUCCGGAUGCUCCUUCAUCAGUAUGUCAACUCCAAGGUCAAUGCUGAGCUGGAAAUUCCUCCUACCAAAGUCCUGCAACUGGAGAUGAAUCCAUAGACAAUUGUCAGACUUUUUAUGAAUUCAGAGAGACGGAUUUUUAAUAGGAUACUCACCGUGGAUUUAAAAAAAACAUCUUUUGUUGCUGAAAUAAAGAUGGCUGUCGUGCAGAUGAUGGUGGAGCCCUGGAUAUAGGCAUGUGUGUUUUUAGCCCAGCUCGUCAUACCUGUACAUG